CAGGCAGAAAAAGUCCUGGGAAAGAACAGAUCCCGUGGCUCACAGGCAGCUUUCCAGUUCAUGGACUGGGCUCACGAAAAAAAUCAAACCAGACUUCAGCCCUAGGUUUGGGUUCAAAAGUCAUAAAAAGAGAAAUUUUGUUUGACUUCAAGAGGCCCUCAGUAUCUGAAAAAGAAGUUGAAACUGGUGGGAGGAAUGAUUACUUCUGGUCCCAAAAUAAUUGGUAGAAGGAAAUGUCAUUUCCUCCGGUUCCUUCCAGCCUCUGGUAUAAAGUGAUCAAACAGUAAAUCCAGAAAUUAUGAUUACUCAUGUGUUCAUAGUCUGUUGUGUCACUACAGCCAUGGGACUCAUCUUUCAAGCAUGUUCAAUGAUCAUCACACUGGGCAACCUUGUGGCUUCUCAAGCACAAUCUUCUGGUUUGGAAGAUACCAUCAAGACCAAAAUAAUCAAUUUCAAUAAUGAGAAGAUGCAGAUCACAUGGGCAGCAAGAGAGCUUUUUCUCAAUGAGAAUGUGUCAUUUUCUUACACAUUUGAUGAAGGCAAGUACAAAGUUUGGAAGCCGUGUCCCACGUAUUUAUUGGAUCAAGAUUAUAAUUUUGGGUGUCUUUUUAAGACAGAAGGACCCACCCUUGCCAUCUCUAUUAGGAACAGCAACGGAAGUGAAGAGCUUUUUUCUAAAAAACUAAAAUCUGAUUUUUACAUAAAGCCCAAUCCACCAGAAAAUGUGACCUUCUUCUGGAAAGAAGACACAGUUACUGUGAGCUGUAAUAAACCAGAGAGAGCUGUGAAGUGCUUGAGACUUGAGCUUCAAUACAAAAGCACGUUUGACAGAGAGUGGCAAUCCAGAACUUCCAGAUGUUGCCGUGUUGGAGAUCAAGGCUUUGAUUCAAGGAAAUGCUAUUCUUUCCGGGUCAGACUGAAGAGGCUAGUACCCCACUGCAACGUAGUUAAUUACAGCAGUGACUGGGAAGCAGAAACAUUCUGGAUGAAUGGCACGUUAUUAGAUUCAUGUGAUGAUGAUAGAACAUCUCAGUCAAACACAGUAAUUGUUUUAAGUUGUUUGCUGGCAGUACUUCUGAUGAUGAUUAUCCUCCUGAUUCUUCUGUGUAAACGGCAGAGGCUUCAGAUGUCAGUCAUGCCUGCUAUACCAGAUCCAAAAUACAUAUUUGUUGAUCUAUUAAAUGAUCAUAAUGGAAACCUCCAGGAAUGGUUAGACAAAACUGAUCAUGUGAUGCUUCAAACCAAGCUAGAAUAUGAAGAGCCAGAGUGCAUCACUGAGGCAGAAAGCCAACAAGAAGAUGAAAAGAACAGUGGCAAACAGGGGCCUUUGGAAAAAGUCUUCACUUUUUCAGGAAUGGCUGAAAAUAGUGACCUCAAAGCAGCUCAGAUUACCUGCCUGAUACCAGCAUCCAACACUAUAGCUUCUUUUGCUGGCUUCCAUAUUUUAAUGAAUGAUGACAUGUAUGUGACUUUAUAAAAUCUGCACAAUGCAGAAGGUGUUAGAAAAUUACAUAAAAGAUCCUGUUGAGUUUAGGGGAGUGACUGAAUAGAAAAGAUCAUUAUGAUAAGAUUCACUUCAACAAAGACACUGGACUGUGUUAUCUCUUUUUGGAUCUGUACUUUCCCAACAAUUGUGAUAACUUGGGCAGACUCAGUGUUUGAAACAAACUCCUGAUAAUUUAUAGAGCUAGGAUUGUUUUUCUAAUUGGGGUUUAUGUCU